AUGAACAGGUGGAGUGAAUCGGCUAAAGCCACCUACAGGCGAUGGAAGAACACUGGAAAGCGGAGCAAGUCGGCGUUUGUGGGCCGUGCUGAUGAGAGUCAGGAAACAGACAAUGAAAUCUACACUGUGGCAGCAGCCAGAGCGGGGUCGGGCGGUGUGGAGGCGUCACUCAGCGGUGGAUCUAACAAGACCGAAGAAACCUUCACUGUGGAUGACGCCCUGGAGGCCUUUGGUUUUGGAAGGUUCCAGUUCAAAAUGUGUCUUUUGACUGGUCUGUCUCUGGCUGCAGAUGCCAUGGAGCUGAUGCUCCUGAGCGUCCUCGGCCCCCAGCUGCACUGUGAGUGGAGACUCCACAGCUACCAGGUGGCGCUCAUCACCUCGGUGGUCUUUAUUGGGAUGGGAAUCGGUUCACCAUUUUGGGGCUAUAUUUCAGACAACUAUGGCAGACGAGUAGGCCUGGUCAUGUCCAUGUGUUGGAUUUUCUACUUUAGCCUGUUGACUGCCUUCUCUCCAGUUUACAGCUGGCUCUUGAUUUUACGCGGCAUUGUAGGCUUCGGGUUGGGAGGAAUUCAUCAGUCGAUGACGCUGCUAUCUGAGUUCCUUCCAGUGAAGUGGAGAGGUACCUGCGUAUUGCUGGCUGGGUUAUUCUGGGCAGGCGGUGCUGCGUUGGAGGUCCUCCUGGCCUUGCUGACGAUGCCCACUCUGGGAUGGAGGUGGCUCGUCGCUCUGUCCACAAUACCGAUCGCCAUUUUUCUUUGCCUCUGCUUUUGGAUGCCCGAGAGUCCUCGUUUUGACGUGGUUAUGACCAGAAGAGAAAAGGCCAUCGCAACAUUAAUGUCUAUCGCUAAAGACAAUAAAAAGACUUUGCCUCAGGGGAAACUCGUUGUUCAUGAACAGUGUAGUCAUGGGCGAUUCAGAGAUCUUUUCACCCCUCAGUACAGGAAGACAACCCUUCUGCUGUGGCUCAUAGGGUUUACCGAUGUCUUCUGUUAUUAUGGGAUAAUACUGAUGACCACGGAGCUAUUCAAAGCUGAAGAUUUGUGCAGAGCAUCCCUAGGGGCAGAUACUGAAUGGUGUUGCAGUCUUGAAUGUAAAUAUUUAGCUUCCGCUGAUUAUGAAAACCUCUUAUGGACGACGCUGGCUGAGCUUCCAGGUAUUUUAUGCAUUUCUGUGUUCACUGAUUAUAUGGGCCGGAAGAAAACCUUGGCACUGUGUUUUUUCAUGUUUUCAUUGUGCAUUCUGCCAUUAUUUGCCUGUAUUGGGAGGACAGCAGUAACCAUCUUUGUCUUCAUUGCCAGAGCCUUCAUCACUGCAGGAUUUCAGACUGUUUUUGUUUACGCAUCAGAAGUAUAUCCUACAGAAGUUAGAUCCCUUGCGAUGGGGACAUGGAAUGCGAUGGGGCGAGUGGGUGGCUUCGUCACACCGUUUAUUGCGCAGGUGCUCCUCAGAACUUCCCUACAUCUGACCCUGGCUGUGUACUGUGGCUGUUCCCUCCUGGCUGCCUUUGCAUGCUUGUUUCUUCCCACUGAGACUGCAGGCAAGCGUCUGCAGGAAACUAAUCUCAACUAG